CUAUAUUCCAGUCACCUCCUAAACUACUCACUCUACAACAGCGUGGGUCCUCCUUCAUAAACACUUUUAUUUCAGCACUAAUCUUCCGAGGCUAACUGACUGAUGUUUCAUCAUACCUGUUGCUUCUACAGGUUUCAGACUGAGGCUGGUCAAUCAAAAAUAGUAACCAUUUAGAGUAUGUUUUGUCCAGUUCCUCAUUGGGGUUAUUUGUAAUGAUGUCUGGCUGAAAGGCAUCCCAUACUGUAUGUCUUAAAGCCACUGUAGCAAGAAACCAGAGAGAAUUCUGUGUAUUCAUGUGUCGUUGGGGGGACUGGUAGGCAGGCUAAAGGCUCCACUGGCUGAUGAUGACAUUUGAUAGAUGGUGUGAUCAUGGGGAAGAGGGCGAGAGUCGAGCAGGAGGAGAGUGGGGCACACAAUCCUGGCUGCAUCUGGACAGACUGAGUAUGCAUGAAAAAGGGGGAGAGAGAGAGAGAGCGAGAAGGGGAGGAGAUAACUGGAAAGCGGAGUGAAGGGAAAUGCACUAUGGGGAACUGUAAGACAGAGGCAAAGAAAGCAGCUGAGGGAAGAGGAGGUGGAGAACUGCUGAACAAAAGGGACAGGCACUUGUUAGGUAAUGUGUCAGUAAAAACCAGAGGGUAAGGGAGAGAUUUGAGAAAAUCUUUACAGCAGACGAUCUUUUGUGGCAACUCAAAGAGAAGCAGAGUGUGUGCCAAAAAAGGAAAAACAAAGAAAUCUUAGCUGACAAUGCAUCACGAGGCACAAGUCCUAUUUUUUUGGUGAGUUAGUUCGUAUUCAGCAUUGACAACUGACCAGGAGGCUGAAUGAGUGAGGAAGGGGCAACACAUACUCUCAGUCUCGCACAUGCUGAGACCCACACACACUUCUCGGUCAGUAGCACACACACAGGAGGACCAAUGCAGCUCCAAGCUUCUACAGACACAGAGGAGAAGAAGAUGGACCCGGUGCAGAAGGCCGUGAUCAACCACACCUUUGGAGUCCCUUUGGUCAAGACGAAGCGGCCAGUUAUUUCAUGUAACGUCUGCCAGAUCCGCUUCAACUCAGAGAGCCAGGCAGAAGCACAUUACAAAGGAAACCGUCAUGCCAGGAGGGUCAAAGGCAUCGAAACGUCUAAGAGUCGUCCUCAGGAGGGGGACAAGCCUAAUUCUGUGCCCCCCACCUCCUCCCCAUCUCCGCCCGGAGCCCCAGGCACUGUCUCAGACGGCGAGCCCAGCAAAGCGGAUGAAACACUCUCACCACCUCUCACCACCCCGCCUACCCCCCCCAUGGACUCCCCCGUGCCCUCAGUGUGCCCCCUCCUGCCUACCCCCACCCCUCCCUUGAUCCCCCCUUCCUCCUCCUCCCCAGGCUGUGGCAGCGGAGGCACCAACUCAGAGCAACCUGGAUCCGGACCACCGGUUUCAGGAGCUGCCGGCACCUCGGCCUCCAACAGCUCGUCCAAGCCAGAGACAGAGGAGGACAAGGCCAAGAAGCUGCUUUACUGCUCACUGUGCAAGGUGGCAGUCAACUCCUUGUCACAACUGGAGGCCCACAACAAAGGUACCAAACACAAAACUAUCCUGGAGGCACGGAGCGGGCUGGGCCCUAUCAAGGCGUAUCCUCGCUUGGGCCCCAAACCCAGUGGAGAGCAGGGAGGGGGGCCGGUCGACCCCAACACUCAGGAACGAACCUUCCACUGUGAGAUCUGCAAUGUGCGGGUCAACUCUGAACUGCAACUCAAACAGCACAUAUCAAGUCGAAGGCACCGGGACGGCAUGGCGGGCAAGCCUAACCCCCUCCUCAGCCGACACAAGAAGCACAGGGGGGCUGAUCUGACGUCCUCUUUGACCUUCUCCAAGGAUCUCACCAAAGCUUUGGGUGCAGGGCUCUUGCCCAACCCCUUGGCUGUUGCUGCAGCAAUGGCCGCUGCAGCUUCCUCGAACCCGCUGGCCCUCCGUGCAGCCGCUCCUGGGCCACACCCACACCAUCACCUAUUGCAAGGCCCACCUCUCAGCCACGCCAUCCUAAGACCCGCCCCAGGGCCUAUCCGCACCACCCACGGGCCAAUCCUCUUCUCCCCUUACUGACACAUCACCCUCUGACUUCGGCCAGUCAGGAGCAGCCACUCCAAAAGCACACUGUGAAGAUACAAACAUGAUCCACAAACAGCAAUUGAUAAGGGGAAAAAAAUCCAAUAAUUUAAGUAUCGAACUGAGAGAAAAGCAAGGCAAAGGAGCAGCUGAAAGGAGUAGAAGUAUAUGUCUCUCUUUUUUUUCCCUUUACCUGAAAUUCUCCCUCCAUUUCAAAGACUUCCAAGUGAUCUGUAGAUGGGAUGAGCAGAGGAGAGAUAUUCAUUAUGCAUCAAACUCCCUUGUACAUCUCUAACAUCCACUGGUCCCUCUCCCUUGCACUGUGGCCCUGUCAUGGCCGUCUCGAUAGCUACAGAAGAAACACAUGCAGAACUUUCUAGAAACAUUAGACCACAUGUAGUGUUGCAUUAUUUUCUGGGCCAGGUUGGUUUUCUUCUGUCAUCACGGCUCAACGUGUUCUUCUCAUCCUAUGCACCUCAAAAACCAAGACAAUAAUGUUAUGUCAGUAGGGUAGCUGCUUCCAUCGGUCUUUGCUGUAUGCGUCACAUGUAGCUGUGGCGGCCUUCAUGGUACUGUACAUGUCCUGUUCUGCGCCGGAGGCCAGCAACUCUUCAGUUUGUGACACUAGGUCCUCGCUAGAUACAAUGUGACUUCAUCUGACAGGCAGGUGGUAGCCACAUCUGAACCUGUCUGAUGGUUGGGGGAGGGGGGGUUCAGAGAGCAGAAAAAUGACUGUGGGGGACUGCAAUCCCCUGUCAUUUCCUGAGAGGGUGAGGUGAGAGGAGGGCUGGCAUGGGUCAGUGGGUGGAUUGACCCCAGGGCGCAUGCAGACACACACAGGCCCAAAUGAAUCUGUGUUUCAAAAUAGACUGUAUCAACAAAAAUCACUACAGGGCACAUCUGCCAACCUUCAUAACAGUCAGAGAAGAGCCUCACCAAAGGGGAGAGAGGAUGGGAGAAACAGCAGAAGUCACAGAUUGGUACAUACUGCACUGCUGUAUUUGAUACAUAGUCACUGUCCUAAACUUAGAUUGUGUUUGAUAGCAAGAUUCUGUGCUUUUAUGUACAGUAGUGAGAAAUUCUAUACUGGAGAGAGCAUAGAUCAUAUGUAUUUGAUGAGACUACAUUUCACAUUAAGCCAACAAAAAGAAUUUUAUUGACAUCCUUAACAUUACUGUGGUUUUCAAUCACAGGUUGGUUCACUGUGUAGGUGGGAAGGUAUGACUUAGGCGCAACCCUUUGCACUGAUGUAUUAAUGUCGUUUCUGCAUGCAGCCUCGCAAUAAGGUCCUGCAGGGUCAGGCUUCAGCAUCAGUGGGUUGAACUCUUCCAUUCCUGCCCUAUCCUCCUCCCCUCUCCCAUUUCCAAAGGUUCAUAUGAGUCUAUGGUAGAGGGCACAUCAACACUGGCAACCAUAAUGCUGAACUGGAACAAAUUAAAGAGAUGAAGAUGAAAGACGAGUACUUUCUUGGAGAAAUGAUCUUGAGCUGUAGUGACAACCGAGCCAGAAGCCCAGCGAGGCUGCCCGGAGCAGACGUCCAGCCCAAGGCAUCUAUCAAUACUUCCUGUCUUACAACUGAAAGCCAUGAAAUGCACCAUGAUUUGUUUUCUUUUACAAAGACUGGUGAGCACUUUCUUUUGUUUGGUUUGGACUGUUUGUGUUUAUAUCACACAUAAGACAAGAGCAAAAUAAAAAAACACAAUAAAAGUAUUUUUGUAGGUAGGAAAUGCUAAUAACUGCGUCCAUGAAGGGAAAAGAAAAAAGGGGUGGAAUUACUGGAUAGUGGAUUAUAUAAGUGUUGAGUCAGACAGACUGACAUAGAGGCAGACUAACUGACUCAGCGGGGAGCCACAAAAGCUAGCUAAGCAGCAGCAGACCUACCUUGCUCGACAGCUUGAAGCUAUCACCCUUUUCUGAACAAGAUGUACACUGUGCCCUUUCAUUGAGAAGCAAUGAGCUCUAAUGUCUUACCUUUGUCUGAAUAUUGCAAUGCAAUGAGCAAUUUUUAUCAGAGUGACUUGUUAUCAUUGUGACAUGUUGUGACAUGUUGUCUGGAGUCAAGUGUAAACUGGGAGCACGCCAACUGACAGACUUUUCUGUUCUUCCAUGAGGAGUGCUAGCCCUAGAAGGGAUUUGGAGAGGGGCAGAGAGCGACAGAGGUGUAGCUGGGCUUAGGUACCGACCCUUCAUAUUAAAGGGCCUUUUUACUAUGGUAAUCUCUGCUUGGGGAACAGGGUACAACGCCAGGUAUCAAGGGAUUAAAGAUAGAUGUGUUCAACAGGCUUAUUUUUAGUUGGAUUUACUGAAUUGCAUUUUUUUUUUUCUGUGUGUGCGAAACGUGUUUAAGUGAAAAUCCUGAGGAACAUUAUCAAUGCCAUUACUUAAAGAAGAAGCUGGCUUGGCGUCAGCCUUCCACCAUUGUGCUCUUUUUGUUGCUGAAUGAAACCUCCUUUGCAGAGUUCAUUUUGUGAGUGAGAUACUUUUCCAGGACCUGUGCUCUCUUUCCUGUUGGUGUGUGUAACAUAUGUAUUCUAGUGUGUGUUGGGACCGGCUCUCUCCCCACUUCCCACCAAUCAGAGACAGAAGCAACCUGGAGCUAUAAAGUGGCCUAAUACAACAAUGGAGACAAAAACCUGCACGUUUGGUUUAGGAAGAUUGAUCAAUCAUCCUGGAUACUCUCAGAUGUGAUCAAAGUACUCCAAUCUUGUCCCUUGUAGGUCAGUCAAGUAGCAGCACCACAGAUAUGUUCAUAUUGUUCUUGAUAUGUUCAUUCUGUGGUAAUUCCCAUUGAUCCAUCCUCAUAAUUCACAUAUGGGAAAUAAAUGUUAGAUUCCUAUUUUCUGGGCAGGUAUUUCAUGUUAGCUGUGUUUAGGCUACUAGCCUUAGCCUUAUUCUGCCCUCAGUCUCUCCCAGAGCAGAAAGAGAGAGAUGGAGAGGCUAUCGUGUAACUUUGUCUUGCCAAUAAAGUUAUUUUUGAAUUUCAUUGUCUGAGGGGACAAAGAGUUUGUAUGGCGAAUUGUAGCAAUACCUGACUCAUUCUGGCUACUCUUGUUUAUUGCAAUAAGAAAAUUAAACAAUAAAUGUGUAUGUGAGUAAAACAUUAUAAAUGUAAUUUAAAUGAAAAAGAAACUUUAUGGUAAAUACCAUCGGUAUCAAGAGAAACCAUGGUGGAAAAAAA